CGGUCUCUGUUGCAGGUGGAGUCACCACCUUUGUGGCCCUCUAUGACUAUGAGUCCCGGACCGAAACGGACUUGUCCUUCAAGAAAGGAGAGCGCCUGCAAAUCAUCAACAAUACGAGAAAAGUGGACAUCAGGGAAGGUGACUGGUGGCUGGCUCAUUCCCUCACUACAGGACAGACGGGCUACAUCCCCAGUAACUAUGUUGCGCCCUCAGACUCCAUCCAGGCUGAAGAGUGGUAUUUUGGGAAGAUCACUCGCCGGGAGUCCGAGCGGCUGCUGCUCAACCCCGAAAACCCCCGAGGGACCUUCCUGGUCCGGGAGAGCGAGACCACAAAAGGUGCCUACUGCCUCUCUGUCUCUGACUUCGACAACGCCAAGGGACUCAACGUGAAGCACUACAAGAUCCGCAAGCUGGACAGUGGCGGCUUCUACAUCACCUCCCGUACACAGUUCAACAGCCUGCAGCAGUUGGUGGCCUAUUACUCCAAACACGCUGACGGCUUGUGCCACCGUCUCACGAAUGUCUGCCCCACUUCCAAGCCCCAGACCCAAGGCCUUGCCAAAGAUGCCUGGGAAAUCCCCCGGGAAUCGCUGCGGCUGGAGGUGAAGCUGGGGCAGGGCUGCUUUGGAGAGGUGUGGAUGGGGACCUGGAAUGGCACCACCCGGGUGGCGAUCAAGACACUGAAGCCUGGCACCAUGUCCCCGGAGGCCUUCCUGCAGGAAGCCCAGGUCAUGAAGAAGCUCCGUCAUGAGAAGCUGGUUCAGCUCUACGCUGUGGUUUCAGAGGAGCCCAUUUACAUCGUCACUGAGUACAUGAGCAAGGGGAGCCUCCUGGACUUCCUGAAGGGUGAGAUGGGCAAGUACCUGCGGCUGCCCCAGCUCGUGGAUAUGGCGGCUCAGAUAGCAUCUGGCAUGGCCUAUGUGGAGAGGAUGAACUACGUCCACCGGGACCUCCGGGCAGCCAAUAUCCUCGUGGGGGAGAACCUGGUGUGCAAAGUGGCUGACUUUGGCUUGGCGCGCCUCAUCGAGGACAACGAGUACACCGCUCGGCAAGGCGCAAAGUUCCCCAUCAAGUGGACGGCCCCUGAAGCUGCUCUGUACGGAAGGUUUACCAUCAAGUCGGAUGUCUGGUCCUUCGGCAUCCUCUUGACCGAGCUUACCACCAAGGGCAGAGUGCCAUACCCAGGGAUGGUGAACCGGGAGGUGCUGGACCAGGUGGAGCGGGGGUACCGCAUGCCCUGCCCCCCCGAGUGCCCCGAGUCCCUGCAUGACCUCAUGUGCCAGUGCUGGCGGAAGGACCCUGAAUAGCGACCCACCCUCGGGUACCUGCAGGCUUUCCUGGAGGACUACUUCACCUCGACAGAGCCCCAGUACCAGCCUGGCGAGAACCUAUAG